AUGAAAUGUAUUGGCAACUAUCAAUUAGGAAAAACUAUUGGUUCUGGAACUUUUGGAAAGGUAAAAUUGGCAGUUCACAUUCCAACAUAAUAAACAGUAGCUAUUAAGAUAAUGAAUAAAUCACGAAUGGUUGAUAUUGUUGAUAUAGAGAGAGUAUAACGCGAAUUGCAUAUUUUGAAAAUUGUUAGACAUCCAAAUGUUAUAAUGUUAUAUGAAGUCUUUGAAACUAAUAAAUAUAUUUUUAUCGUUAUGGAAUAUUGCCAAAAAGAACUUUUUAGUUACAUUGUUAAAAAUAAGAAAAUACCAGAAAUAAAUGCAUGUGCUUUAUUUUAAUAACUAUUAUCAGGAAUAGAAUAUUUACAUAAAUUAAAAAUUGUUCAUAGAGACAUAAAACCAGAAAAUCUCUUAAUUAAAGGUCGAAUCAAAAUUGUAGAUUUUGGUCUUUCAAAUACUUAUGAUGAAUUAUUAAAGACAGCUUGUGGAUCACCUUGUUAUGCAGCUCCUGAAAUGAUAUCAGGAAAACUCUAUAGUGGUUUAAAAGCUGAUAUUUGGAGUAGUGGUGUUGUACUAUUUGUAAUGUUAUGUGGAUAUCUACCUUUUGAAGAUGCAAAUACAAAUUAGUUAUAUAAAAAAAUUCUAUCAGCCAAUUAUAAGGUUCCAAAUUUCUUAAGUAGUGAUGCAAUUGAUGUACUUAAAUUUAUUUUGAAUCCUGAUCCAGAUGAAAGACCAAAUAUUGAUUAAAUAAGAAAGCAUCCUUGGUUUAAUUUAUACAAAACAAAUUUUUAAAUUAAACAAGGAAUUUUAAUAGGAUAACAUAAAAUUCCUAUUGAUAACAAUGUUGUAAAUUAAGUUGAAAAAUUGGGAUAUUCAAAAAAGUAUAUCUAUCAAUGUUUAAUUUCUAAUCAACAUAAUGAUGCAACUACUGCUUAUUAUUUGUGGUUGGAUUAAAUAAUUCAAUCUGGUGGAUAAACUUGUGCAGAUAUUGCUUCUGAUUAAUUUUAAGUCUAAUUGAUUGAAUUGAAUUCUUAAACUGCUAAAAGUGAUAUUAAAAUAAAUAUGACAAUUGAAGAUGAAAAAUAAGAAACUAUAACAAACAACAAUACAAAUAGUAUAAAUAGUUAAUAAAUAUAAUAAUAAUAACCUCAAAUAACUCCAAAAAAUCCUUCUAGUAGGAGAUCAAAUAAAACAGAAAGAUAUCCAAUUUUCGAUAGACUAAUGAAUAAAAUAGAAAAAAAUCCAUCAAAUGUGAGAUCAGAAUCUGAGUAAUAAUAAAAAAACUUAGAGAUUCAAAAAUAUGAAAUUUAAUCAAGUAAGGGUAGUAAAUCCAUAUCUUUGAGUGAUUAUUAUUCUGACAAAUUAAGUAAAGAGUUGCCUUUACCCACAAUUCAUCAAUAACUAAAGAGAAAGAAACCUAAAAUAAAAACAAAUUUAUUAACAAUUCAAUAAGUUUAUGGAGUUAGAAAAUGA